CAAGAAGCCACCUCAGGCUCACGCCGCGGUUCCACACGAGCAAAUCCCGCCGCUUCCUCCCCACGCACCCCUUCCCAUCCUUCCCGAAGCACGAGGCGAGCCGGGCCGCCGGAUAUGGCGCCGGCGGCGCCGUACGGCGGGGCCGAGUCGCAGCGGCAGGCGGACCUACUCAAGCAGGAGGGCAACGCCUUUUUCAGGAAGGAACGCCUCAGCGCCGCCAUCGACGCCUACACCGGGGCCAUAACUCUUUGCCCAAAUGUUGCAGUAUAUUGGACCAACCGAGCACUUUGCUAUAGGAAGCGGAAUGAGUGGACUAGAGUUGAGGAAGAUUGCAGAACAGCUAUCCAGCUUGACAGCCAGUCUGUUAAGGCACAUUACAUGCUCGGGUUAUCUCUUGUCAACAGCCAAAGAUUAUCAGAAGGAAUAAAAUCACUGGAGAAGUCCUUGGAGCUUGGAAGGGGUGCACAUCCUGCAAGCUACAUGGUUGAAGAGAUAUGGCAGGAGCUUUCUAAAGCAAAAUACAUCGAAUGGGAGAGCUUAUCAAGAGACCGAACUUGUCAACUGCAAAAGCUGAAGGUAGCAUGUAAAGAGGCCCUAACGAGUUACAACAGCCUUGAUAACCCAGCCGCAGGUGCGCCAGUAGAACAGCUAAAUGAGCUCGAGGAAGUUUUCAAGAAGGCUGCAAAGACUGAUACUCCAGCAGAAGUACCUGACCAUCUCUGUUGCAAAAUCACACUUGAUAUCUUCAGAGACCCGGUGAUCACCCCGAGCGGGAUUACCUACGAGAGGGCCGUACUUCUCGACCACCUUCAAACGGUGGGGAGGUUUGACCCCGUGACCCGUGAGGCUCUUGAACCGCACCAGCUGGUUCCUAAUCUUGCCAUCAAGGAAGCUGUGCAUGCGUUUUUGAGUGAGCAUGGUUGGGCUUACAAGAUUAGAUGAUCGCUUUGGAAUACAGGUUUUGGAUACUGUCGGAUGUGACGGUGGGAUUUUUUUGUUCACUGUUGGGGGGCAGAUUUUAAUCUGGGAUGGCUGCGUACAGAUUCACCUUCUCCAGUUGUGUACAUAUGAGAUGCUCAUUAUGAUAGUAAUUGUGAACAGUACACCAAAGGAAGUGAAGUUGAG